UGUAAGGAAAUAAAGAAACAAAAACAAAAGUGAAAAUCAAAUUUUAUCGCGAAUUUUCACAACAAAAAUAUUUACUUAAAAAAUGAAUCUGCUGCUACAGAGAUCAACAAGAACCUUACUCUAUUCUUUGGUUCAACAAAAUGUGCAAUUAGCAGCUUUUGUGCGUACUAAAAAGACAAGUGCACCGUCACCCGCCAGUAGUGCAGGAGUUGCGCAGCAACAUAUCACGAAUCCUUUGUCCAAAAUAACACUUGUGCAACCCAAUCAAAGUAUGACAGUGACAACGUUUAAGGAGGCACAAAAAUUAGCCAAACGUCGUGAGUUGCAUUUGGUUAAACAACAGGAUUUCGAUACAAAGACGCAACGUGCUGUUUACAAGUUGGUUACCGCUGCCGAAAUGCUUUCUGAGGAUGUGGAUGAGAGCGCAGUAGAUAAAAAGAACAGCACCGAAAAAAAAUCUGAAAAAUCUCUGACACUUGGUUCGCGCAUAACCGAACAUGAUUUGGCGUCACGUUUGAAACACAUAUCCAAAUGGUUGUCGAAAAAUCACGAAGUCUGCGUACUCAUACAAGGCAGCCCCGAUGAUAUUGGUAAAUGCGAGCGUAUAUUGAAAACUAUUGAACAAAGCGUUAAGGAACCGGAAAAUAUUGGACGAAUUGUACAGAAACGCAUCAAGGGUUCACAUAUUAAAUUUAAUAUUUUACCAGUACCUAAGCCAACAGGCGAAACAGUGACGCAAUCAUGACAAGUAAUGCCCGUGCUUCGGAGCCAAAUAUUAACCGGUGCACGGUGCUAUUCCACGCAGCUACUUACGCAGCGUGCUGCGCAAAUAUCGCAAGACUUUACUAACACUAAAAGUCUUAGCUCAUCAUUUAGUGAUGAAAACAAAAAGCCAGUUAUUGUGUUCGGUAUUUUCACGGUUAUGCUAUUAGUUUCGAAAUAUUUCUAUUGGUUCAAGUUGAAGAAAAGCAGUAAAGCGCAAAGAUAAAAUAUUUAGUCGAACUUCAUAUUGUUAUUUAAAAUGCUCGCCUCAUUUUAAUUUGAAAAGAAUGCAUAAUAUUAUUUUUAACCUAACCUCAAAAUUGUAAAUUGCUUUAAGUUCAAGGAAAGUAAAUAUAAAAUAAGCAUAUGCAUAUGUUA